UUACAAAAGUUGUUAGAAUGUUAAAGAAAACAUAACCUAUCCCUUAUCAAAAUCUGUACUUAUCAAAUUCGGUAGUAAAAAUCAGAAAAUGUCAUGAUUCCUCAUUACAAGACGAGUAAUAAUCAAAAGUAAUAUAUUAAAUACAUUAUAAUGGGAAAGAAAAAUAAAAGCAAUUCUAGUUUAGGUAAAUCCUUAGUUAGAGAUCGCUUUAGAGGUAGAAAUGGAAAAUUUGUGGCAGACAAAUCCAUGCUACAUACAACAGAACUACUGGAUGGUUAUGACUGGGGCAGAUUGAACUUGCAAUCUGUAACAGAAGAAUCAUCAUUUCAAGAGUUUCUUUCCACUGCUGAAUUAGCUGGAACAGAGUUUCAAGCUGAAAAGUUAAAUAUAACAUUUGUCAACCCUAAAUCAAAUGUAGGAUUACUAUCUGAUUCUGAAAAAAUGACUAAAAUUAUUGCACAUGAAAAACAUAAACAUCUUAUUCAAAUACCACGCAGGCCUUUCUGGACUCCCAAGAUGUCUGCAGAAGAAUUACAAUGUUUAGAAAGAGAUAAUUUUUUGAAAUGGAGACGUUCCUUAGCUGAACUUCAAGAAGAAGAAGGUUUAUUAUUAACACCGUUUGAAAAAAAUCUAGAAUUUUGGCGUCAACUUUGGAGGGUUAUUGAAAAAAGUGAUGUUAUAGUACAAAUUGUUGAUGCUAGAAAUCCUCUACUAUUUCGAUGUGAAGAUUUAGAAAACUAUGUGAAAGACAUAUCUGAGGAUAAAGUAAAUUUAAUAUUAAUCAACAAAGCUGACUUUUUAACUAAAAACCAAAGAGAAAUUUGGGCAAAAUAUUUUGAGUCAGUUGGAAUAAGGAUUGCUUUCUUUUCAGCAAUAAUUGAAGAAAAAAAGACCAAUAAGAAAACUAAUGAAGAUAAAAAUGAAACUCAAAACAAUGCAGAUUUAGAAACAACUAAUGUUGAAAUAUUAAAAUUAAAAGUAGGAAAAUUAGAAGAAAAUGUUGAUAAAGCUGCAAAUGCUCUUUCACACAUUAUUAAUAAAGUAGAGAAACUACUAAACAAACCUAACAGUUCUGAAACUAUUUCAUUAGAGAAAUCAGAUACUGUAAAAAAUCUUACUUCACAUGAAGAUAAUGUUAUAAUCAACAAUAAUGGGGAAGCAACAUCAGAAUGUAUAAAUAUUUUAACUUCCAGACCUCAAAGUCCUGACAUUAGCAAUUCACCUGAGAUUUUAACAAGGGAAGAACUUAUUCAAUUUUUUAAGGUAACUCAUUCAGGAAAGAAAGUAACUGAAGGUCUAACUACCAUUGGUAUGGUAGGAUAUCCUAAUGUAGGAAAAAGUUCUACAAUAAAUAACCUAAUGACAGUAAAAAAAGUGUCUGUAUCGGCAACUCCUGGGAAAACUAAACAUUUUCAAACAUUAUUUUUGGACAAAGACAUUCUUUUAUGUGACUGCCCUGGUCUUGUUAUGCCUAGUUUUGUGUUUACAAAAGCAGAAAUGAUCAUUAAUGGAAUUUUACCGAUUGAUCAAAUGCGGGAUCAUGUGCCUCCUAUUAAUCUUAUUUGUAACUUAAUACCCAGACACAUUCUGGAAGAUAAGUAUGGGCUGAUGCUGCCAAAACCUCUGGAAGGUGAAGAUCCAGAAAGGCCUCCUUUUGCAGAAGAACUAUUAAAUGCUUAUGGCUAUAAUAGAGGUUUUAUGACAGCUAAUGGUCAGCCUGAUAAUCCAAGAGCUGCAAGAUACAUAUUAAAAGAUUUUGUAAAUGGUAAACUUCUUUUUGCUCAUGCACCACCCAAUGUUAAUCAAAAUGAAUACCAAAUUUGGCCUCAGAGGAAAAAUAAUGGGUGUAUAAAUAGAACAUUGCCACCCAGACAAGCAAGAGCCAUCAGGUCUAACAGAAUAACAAGUGAAGAUUUGGACAACUCUUUUUUUUACUCAAAAACACAAGGUUUACAUGUGAAGGGCCAAAUAAUUCCUAAUAUUGGAGCAAAUCAUAUAAUUAGGGAAGCAUCUCUUGAGUCACAACAGUCCUUAAGAUGUGAUAAACCUUGGAAAAAAAUUAACAAGUAUGAAAAUAAGAAAAAAAGGGAAAAAUUAAGACGAGUCUAUGCUCAUUUAGAUGAACAUUAAUUACAAACCAACCGAAUGAAUGAAUUUGUUUUUCCUUGAAAAAGAAAAUAAAUAUUGAAUUACUUUG